CACGAGGUGAGGUAAAGAAUUGUUUGACCUUGUUCUUCCCUUGACUACUAUAUAUACAUAAUAAACAAUCUUCUUCGUCAGAUCUCUCUCUUCAACCCUUUACCUUCUUCUCAGAAUAUUUGUUUUUGCUAUUGUUCAAGCCUUGUCCUGUGAUUGAAGAUGGCUGAGAAUGAGAAUGGUGAAGAAGUUCAAUCAAAUCGUCCAACUCCCCGCUUAAAUGAAAGAAUUCUUUCAUCUUUGUCUAGGAGAUCAGUUGCUGCUCACCCUUGGCAUGAUCUUGAAAUUGGACCUGAUGCGCCUAAUAUUUUCAAUUGUGUUGUGGAGAUCACUAAGGGAAGCAAGGUCAAAUAUGAACUUGACAAAAAAACUGGAUUAAUUAAGGUUGAUCGGAUUUUGUAUUCAUCAGUUGUUUAUCCCCAUAACUAUGGUUUCAUCCCUCGAAGUCUAUGUGAAGACAAUGAUCCACUUGAUGUCUUGGUUAUCAUGCAGGAGCCAGUUGUUCCUGGUUGUUUCCUGAGAGCUAGAGCCAUUGGAUUGAUGCCUAUGAUUGACCAGGGGGAGAAAGAUGAUAAAAUUAUUGCAGUAUGUGCUGAUGAUCCAGAAUAUAAGCACUACACUGACUUCAAAGAACUUCCACCUCAUCGCCUCACUGAGAUUCGACGCUUCUUUGAAGACUAUAAGAAGAAUGAGAACAAGGAGGUAGCAGUUAAUGAGUUUUUACCUGCAUCCACUGCACUUGAAGCCAUCCAACACUCAAUGGAUCUUUAUGCAGAAUAUAUUCUGCAUACCUUGAGGAGAUAGACAAAAAUACUAUUAUUUAUAAAUCAGAAUAAGUCGCACUCUGGAUGGCUAUUUUGAUGAAACUUUGUUGAAUUUUGUAUUGAGUUGGAUACUAAUACAGUUGUAAUUUGUUUUACUAAGUGAAGAGAAUCCAUUAAAUGGUAUGCUUCAUGUAGAAUAUCAAUUGAGGGUUAACUUUUCUUAUAUUUUUCAAUUUUCAAUCAAUACUUUGGUAAUAUAUUUUUAUUAGUUUUGAUUGCAAUAAAUGUAUAGUCCGGAUAAUUUGUAUCUUGAGGCAAUAAAAGUGCUUGUACCCUUUGUUUUA